AUGGAGCCCUCGGCCACCCCAGGGCCCCAGAUGGGGGUCCCCACUGACAGCGGGGAACCAUCCCCGGUGCCUCCAGACUACGAAGACGAGUUUCUCCGCUAUCUGUGGCGUGACUAUCUGUACCCGAAGCAGUACGAGUGGGUCCUCAUCGCCGCCUACGUGGCUGUGUUCCUCGUGGCCCUGGUGGGCAACACGCUGGUCUGCCCGGCCGUGUGGCGGAACCACCGCAUGAGGACGGCCACCAACUACUUCAUCGGCAACCUGUCCCUGGCCGACGUGCUGGUGACGGCCAUCUGCCUGCCGGCUAGCUUGUUGGUAGACAUUACUGAAUCCUGGCUCUUCGGCCAUGCCCUCUGCAAGGUCAUCCCCUAUCUACAGGCCGUGUCUGUGUCAGUGGCAGUGCUGACUCUCAGCUUCAUCGCCCUGGACCGCUGGUACGCUAUCUGCCACCCCCUGCUGUUCAAGAGCACUGCCCGUCGUGCCCGUGGCUCCAUCCUGGGCAUCUGGGCUGUGUCGCUAGCUGUCAUGGUGCCCCAGGCUGCUGUCAUGGAAUGCAGCAGUGUGCUGCCCGAGCUAGCCAACCACACCCGGCUCUUCUCUGUCUGUGAUGAAUGCUGGGCAGAUGAUCUCUAUCCCAAGAUCUACCACAGUUGCUUCUUCAUUGUCACCUACCUGGCCCCGCUAGGUCUCAUGGCCAUGGCCUAUUUCCAGAUCUUCCGCAAGCUCUGGGGCCGCCAGAUCCCCGGCACCACGUCGGCCCUGGUGAGGAACUGGAAGAGGCCCUCAGAUCAGCUGGAGGACCAGGGGCAGGGCGUGGGCGCAGAGCCCCCGCCUCGGGCCCGUGCCUUCCUGGCCGAGGUAAAGCAGACAGCCAAGAUGCUGAUGGUGGUGCUGCUGGUCUUUGCCCUCUGCUACCUGCCCAUCAGUGUCCUCAAUGUCCCCAAGAGGGUGUUUGGGAUGUUCCACCAAGCUAGCGACCGAGAAGCCGUCUAUGCCUGCUUCACCUUCUCCCACUGGCUGGUGUACGCCAACAGCGCCGCCAACCCCAUCAUCUACAACUUCCUCAGUGGCAAAUUCCGGGAGCAGUUUAAGGCCGCCUUCUCCUGCUGCCUGCCUGGCCUGGGUCCCUGUGGCUCUCUGAAGGCCCCCAGCCCUCGUGCCUCUGCGAGCCACAAGUCCUUGUCCUUGCAGAGCCGGUGCUCCGUCUCCAAAGUCUCGGAGCACGUGGUGCUCACCAGUGUCACCACGGUGCUGCCCUGAGCGAGGGCCAUCCUGGUGGCAAAAGGGGGUGCAACCUAUCCCCUGCCUGGGCUGCUCCUCUGGCUACUGGGGAACCUGCCCCCACUCCUCGUGGAAAGACUGCUGGUUGCGGUGCGAGGCCGGGGCUCCUCGCCUCGUUUUCUGCCUGUUUAACUCUGGGCAGUGUCAUUUCCCUUCUCUGAGCUGCGUCCCCUAAGCGGAUUGAUGUGAGGAUUAAGCACGCUCAAGAAAGUGGAAAGCUCUCUGUAAACAGUAAAGUGUUAUGGACAAGAUUAACGUUGUGUUCCUCUCACUUGGCUAUACCGCACAAUACCAUCCAUCACUAUCAUCCUUCCAGAGCUUGGCCCUCCUCCCGAAGACCCCUCUCCUACCCAAUCACAGAUCUUCCCUGGAGUCUGCUAUAAGGGUCCCAGCAGGCAUUUCCAUCUGGUCCAGGGGCUCUAAAGCCCAGGCUGCACUUGGCAGCGCUCCUUGAGGCCCAUGGGAACUAAUCUGAGCCCAGCCGUUCCCCAGUGGGAACAGAGCCCCACCCUCACCAGGUGCCAAGUGCACACACCACAGACUGGACCCCAUUGGUUGUGCAGUGACAGAACACUCUCCAUGAGGCCAUUUGGUAUGGAGGCCAGCAGCCUGAAGCAACUGUAAUUAAAAGCCUGGCACUGAAUGUUCCCUUUCCUUGUCAUUGCUCAAAAUCUGUGCUUCUUAGGUUAGGAGUGAGAAGGUGGGGAGGCUGGGGGAGGGGAGAAGACAAGGCAGUGCUGGAAUGCAGCUAUCUGCUGACCCCUCCCACCUCUCGUCCCCUAACACACGGGAUCCCAGAUGGCUCCUGGGCAGGCCUCAGAGCAAACGUGCUCCUGCCCCCUCAGGUGGCUCGAUCCUCUGAUGCCAGGACCUCUUUCCUGGCCACAUCUGUCUGCUCACGAGCCCAGCAGUCUAUGGAAGGUAAGGGGAGUAGGGUGGGCAGACAGCGGGGUUAACAGACGGAUUUACUGUUAUCUUCACCUUCUUGGAAAUCAGGGCUUGCAUUUAUUUUCUAUGAACUCACAGAUUAAAAAGAGAAAGCCAGAGACUGGGCUAGAUGUGCUCCAUCUGCCACCAAGAUGAUGAGAGGGCUGCCAGAGGCCCUGAUCCUUGCGGCCGGAGCAGGAGGUGGGAAGCAGUCUGAAGGACUCUCUGCUGAGAGGAGCGGGAGACAUCUGGCAGAGGCCAGCUCGGCCAUGCGCACCGCUGGGUCUGCUUAACCUGAUUAAUGAC